AUGACGUCUACUUAUACCUGGUACAAGAAGAAUGAAACUUCACCAAAAGUAUUGGGACAGACCUUCACCAUCACUGACAUCACAUCUGAACACAGUGGAGAAUAUUACUGUGAAGUCCAAAACAGAAGAGGACGUCAUCGCUCCACCUUACAGCUGAAUGUUGUGGCGGCUGCAUGGAAAUCAGUCACUGCUGUAGUAACUGCUACCGUUUUGCCGGCUAUCAUACUGACCUGUCUCCUCCUGUGGAUUAGGAGAAAGAGGGCCACCAAACAGCCGUCUGCACCAGGAGUGGGACCAGACAACACGCUGCAGCUAAGCCCUGUGUAUGACACCACAUCAGCUGCAGCACUGAGACAACAGACAGAACAGCAGGAUGAGCUUCUUUACACCACCAUCGUCUUCCCUAAGAACCAUGAAGAUCCUCUCUACUCCAACAUCAAGAUGCAUCGACCCCAGAGACAGAAAGAAGAGGUCCAAGAAGCUCAAUAUGCUGCUGUCAACUUUAAAAGAGCCAAACCUGAGCCGGGAAGUCAGGACUCUGAGGAGGAUCUGUCUGCGUUGUACAGCACAGUCCAACAUCCUCAGAAAGACCCCAGACUCUCAACGUAACAUGAUUCUGUGGUUUAUUUCUAACGUGUUAAGAUUAACAGAAUGUAUGUGCAGAAGUAAGAGAGAGACAGAGAGAGAGAGUGUUUAUGAUGAUGAGUAUGAAGUUAGCAGUGCAAUAUUAGAGGUAAAUGGAGCUAUUUUGCAGUGAAUAGAUGCUAAAACUCCUCAGAGCCCAAGCCAAGUUCCGGUCGAAGAUAGAUGGUAACCCUAGAUUUGUGAAACUCUUGCACAUGCUCACUUGGACAGUAGCGCUCCACUCUGCCCUAACCUUAACCCUAACCCCAAACCCAAUCUUAACCUUGACCCUAAACCUGACUCUAACCAUGCUUGUGUUUGCGCUCGAUUUUGCUGAGAAUUUCACAAAUCUACAGUUUACCAUCACAACAGGAGCCCAAGGCUGUUGUGGAAUAGUCUUUUUUUGCUUAGGAAGGCUCCUAACUGAGCGAAAUUAGACAUUUUUGUCCAGAUGUUUUUAAUUCAGCAGAUUUGAAACUUGAGAGUGAAGAUAUGUAUGGCACGGUAAAAACCUUGAAAUGUGAACAGCCAAAUGGCAUGUCGCCGCUGCCGCAUGCUUGCAUGUUUGUUUGACUGUACAUAUAAAUAUUUUAUCACUUCACUGUACAUACUUUGUCAGGAUAAAAUUUGAUUACAGGUUUAUGUAACAUUUUCAGAAGCUUAUGUCGCUAACCGGUAAUAAACGGUCAAAACAAGUAAUUUUGC